ACGAUGAAACUCGAUCUCUUCGUCUGCUCACUGCGAUAACAACAAAUUCUUUCAGUUUCCAAAUCUUUGAUUUGUUUUCCGAAUAAUUAGACAUAAUCGAUGCAAGCGGAUCAAUCCGUUGAUGCUGGAUCAGGAGAGAAACCAGUUGGGAUUUAAGAUAGAGAAAAUAAUAUGUCCGUAUGGUGCUUUGACUGCUAGCGUGGAUAUAUGCAACCUACUGCUAUCAAAAACAAUUCGACCAUGGAGGCCUUACCUUGUAGUCUCCUCGACCAGAUUCUCUUCAGAUUGGAUCCGAAAUCUCUGGCAAUGAUGCAAUGCACGGGUCGAUAUAUCAACUCUUACAUAUCCGAUGAUAUCUUCAGAUCCGAAUACAUGUCUCGUGUCGGAACCGGUUUGCUUCACAUCUCCAGCUUUGGCUCAAACAUCCUCUUCUGCUACCCUUUUGGCGAUUCUACGCUAUUCCGCAACCAAGAAUAUCCCUUAGAUGUCAAGACUCGGGUUCUCUCAAUUUGUUCUGGCCUCCUCCUACUCUUAAUGGAUGGUCUCUGUGUCGUGAACCCGCUCACAAAGAGGUACCGAUUCCUUGAUCACUCUAAAUCCAAGUUUCUUUCUCGUGCUGACAGAGAAGAAGAUGAAACCUUCGUUCUCGGAUGGGAGCAACUGAACCGCAUUGGUUUUGCGGUUGAUCAAAUUGACCGAACAACUCAGAGAUUCAAAGUUGUCAUCAUAAAAGAAGUUACUGAAGACGCUUCGAAGCCUGACAAAACGGUGUAUCAGUUCGAGAUCAGCACAGGGGCUUCUUGUUGGAAACUGUCGAAGACAACUAUUACUUGCAGCGCAAGCGAACUAAUGGCGGAUAAGAAACCGCUUUACUUGGACGGAUCUCUUCACUGGCUCAGAAAUGACGGAAGCAUUUUAGCUUUCAAUCCAGAAACAGAGCAAGCACGUCUGGUUCCUAUCAAGCUUCCCUCAAAACUUAUCACGAAGAACCUGUUCACAGUCGCAGGGAACGUACUAGCAUUGGUAUCAGCGACGGAUGAAGUGAUUUACAUUUAUCACCUCGGGAAUAUUCUCAUCGAUCCCAAGUGGGUCUUGGUGAAGCAGAUACAGAACCGAGCGGUGGACAAAAGUUGGACGAGGUUCUGGUACCUUGGGGCGUACGACGGCAAGAGUUUAGUGGUGAGGGAGAACGAAGUUAUUCAUGUGUACGACUUGAGUGCCGACGAGUGGGGAUUCGUAGGUUGGGUUCCACAGUGGUGCGAUGGUUUUCAAAACUUUCACCAUUUUACACUGUCUUUAUCCUCUGCGAGAGAACUGAAUGAGAAGGUGGACGUCGAGAGGGUGAAUCCGUUUCUUGGUGAACGCAUCUCCUCUCUAAGGAAAAUUAUGAGACUGAUUGAUGAUAGCAAUCCUUAUGCUCUGGCAUGGUCAUCGAAGAAGCAACCAAUCGUCACGUUAUCAACAACCGAAGCUGAGUAUGUAGCUGCAUCUGUUUGUGCCUGUCAAGCAGUCUGGUUUAUGAGGAUGUUGCAAGAAUUGGGAUAUGAAGUAACAGAAAGCACUGUGAUUCGCUGUGACAACACUUCAGCAAUCAAGUUGUCUAAAAAUCCAGUGUUUCAUGGAAGAUGCAAGCAUAUUGGAGUUCGUUUUCAUUUUCUGCGAGAAUUGGUUAGAGAUGGAGUGAUCAGAUUGGAGCAUUGUGGGUCUCAAGAACAAGUUGCAGACAUUUUCACAAAACCAUUGAAGCGUGAAGCUUUUGAGAGUCUGAGAAGCAAGCUUGGAAUCUGUUCUGCUGCAAGUAAGCUAAGCUUGAUGCACCAAGCUUAGCUUAAGGAGGGUUUGUUGGAGUUGGUUAGUCCGAGAAUAAAGGAGUUGAGGAGUGCUCAAGCUCGUCUCUGUUUUUGAGUUUUGUUUCUGUUAUUCAAGUCGUGUUUUACUUGAUUAAGUCAAUAAGUGACCGAGUCUUUUGGUUAGUGCUAAGUGAUCCGUUUAAGUAGGAGUCUGUUUAGGAGUUUCUAGUUUCAGCUUUUGUAAGGCUAUAUAAGCCACCAUCGUUUAUGGAAUGAGAUCAGAGUUUCCAAAGUACAA